UCUGCUGGGGCUGCGGGGCUGUGGGCCGGGGAGGCCGUGCCGGGCCCAUCUGGGUCCCGCUGACCGACAUGCUGACCUUCUUCCUCGUGUCGGGGGGCUCCCUCUGGCUGUUCUCGGGAUGCAGACCCUGAGGAUGUUGGACUCCGAGGUCCCAACAGCAGGUCAAGGACAUGACCGGGACUGACCUGGGGCUUCCUGAUCCUGAGUACAUCCUCUCGCUUCUGGAGAAGAUGCAGACUCAGGAGAUCCUGAGGGUGCUGCGGCUGCCCGAGCUGGGCGACUUGGGCCAGUUUUUCCGCAGCCUCUCAGCCACCACCCUCGUGAGUGUGGGUGCGCUGGCUGCCAUCCUCGCCUACUGGUUCACUCACCGGCCAAAGGCCUUGCAACCGCCGUGCAAUCUCCUGAUGCAGUCAGAGGAGGUGGAGGAUAGUGGUGGGGCCCGGCGAUCCGUGAUAGGGGAUGGCCCUCAACUGCUCACCCACUACUAUGACGAUGCCAGGACCAUGUACGAGGUGUUCCGCCGCGGACUUAGCAUCUCAGGGAAUGGACCCUGUCUUGGCUUCAGGAAUCCCAAGCAGCCUUAUCAGUGGCUGUCCUACCAGGAGGUGGCCGACAGGGCUGAAUUUCUAGGGUCUGGACUUCUCCAGCACAAUUGUAAACCAUGUACAGAUCAGUUUAUCGGCGUUUUUGCACAAAAUCGACCAGAGUGGAUCAUUGCGGAGCUUGCCUGCUACACAUACUCUAUGGUGGUGAUCCCGCUCUAUGACACCCUGGGCCCGGGGGCAAUCCGCUACAUCAUUGACACAGCCGACAUCAGCACUGUGAUCGUGGAUAAACCUCAGAAAGCCGUGGUUCUGCUGGAGCAUGUGGAGAGGAAGGAGACACCGGGGCUCAAGCUGAUCAUCCUCAUGGAACCAUUCGAGGAAGCUUUGAAAGACAGAGGGCAAGACUGCGGGGUGGUCAUUAAGUCCAUGCAGGCUGUGGAGGACUGUGGUCAGCGGAAUCACCACGUUCCUGUGCCCCCGAAACCCAGUGACCUCUCCAUUGUGUGUUUCACAAGCGGCACGACAGGGAACCCAAAAGGUGCGAUGCUCACCCAUGGGAACGUGGUGGCUGAUUUCUCAGGCUUUCUGAAAGUGACAGAGAAAGUGAUCUUUCCGAGACAGGACGAUGUGCUCAUCUCCUUCCUGCCUCUGGCUCACAUGUUUGAGAGAGUCAUCCAGUCUGUCGUCUACUGCCACGGAGGGCGCGUCGGCUUCUUCCAGGGAGACAUCCGCCUCCUCUCAGACGACAUGAAGGCUCUGUGUCCCACCAUCUUCCCUGUGGUCCCACGACUACUGAACCGCAUGUACGACAAGAUCUUCAGCCAGGCAGACACAUCAUUAAAGCGCUGGCUCCUGGAAUUUGCAGCAAAGCGUAAACAGGCUGAGGUCCGGAGUGGAAUCAUCAGGAAUGAUAGUAUCUGGGAUGAACUCUUCUUUCAUAAGAUUCAGGCCGGUCUUGGUGGGUGUGUGCGGAUGAUUGUUACUGGAGCGGCCCCCGCAUCACCAACGGUCCUGGGAUUCCUCCGGGCGGCUCUGGGGUGCCAGGUCUAUGAAGGUUAUGGCCAAACUGAGUGCACAGCUGGAUGUACCUUCACUACACCCGGGGACUGGACAUCAGGACACGUAGGAGCACCUCUGCCCUGCAAUCAUAUCAAGCUCGUCGAUGUCAAGGAACUGAACUAUUGGACCAGCAAAGGAGAAGGAGAGAUAUGUGUGAGAGGACCAAAUGUGUUCAAAGGUUACUUGAAAGAUCCGGAGAGGACAAAGGAGGCCCUGGAUGACGACGGCUGGCUUCACACUGGAGACAUUGGGAAGUGGCUGCCAGCUGGAACUCUUAAAAUUAUUGAUCGGAAGAAGCACAUAUUUAAACUUGCUCAGGGAGAAUAUAUUGCACCCGAGAUGAUUGAGAACAUCUACAUCCGGAGCGAGCCUGUUGCACAAGUGUAUGUCCAUGGGGACAGCUUAAAGGCCUUUUUGGUGGGCAUUGUCGUGCCCGACCUGGAAGUCGUGCCCUCUUGGGCCCAGAAGAGAGGAAUUGAAGGGACGUAUGCAGAGCUCUGCACAAAUAAGGAGCUGAAGAAAGCCAUUUUGGAAGAUAUGGUGAGGUUAGGAAAAGAAAGUGGACUCCAUUCUUUUGAACAGGUUAAAGCCAUUCACAUCCACUCUGAUAUGUUCUCAGUUCAAAAUGGCUUGCUGACACCAACACUAAAGGCUAAGAGACCUGAGCUGAGAGAGUACUUCAAAAAACAAAUAGAAGAGCUUUACUCAAUCUCCAUGUGAAGUUCAAGGGAAGUUCUUCUCAGUAUAAUGGACAAUGUAGCAAUAUUAUAGUUAUUUUUUGAAAGUAACGUGUCAGAAUGAUGCAGCUGAAAAUGAAAAGCACGUGACCUUAGGACUGAGCCUCUUCCUGUCCCAAGAGGUCUUUAACAAUAUUUUCUCUCUCAUCACCGAGUACACUUUAUUUUUAUUACAAUGAUAUUGUAGUAAGCUGCUAAAAAUACCACAAAUGGCAUUGUAAAAAUGAAGACUUUUCUCAAGAACUGUGUACCACUAAAAGUAAUAUAUUCUCAGUGUUCACAGAACUUCUAUUAAACAUAAAGGAAAAACAUAACUGAUAUAUUGUACUUAAUUAUUUGUGCAAUAGUAACCAGGUACAGCAAAUAUCUAGGCAAUGUGGACUACCUCAUUCAAUAACUGAUGGUCAAAAUCACAAUUAAAUCAGACUUAAAGAAUUAAAACUAAUA